UGGAAAAGAAGAAAAUACUCAUCACCGCACUCGGGAGGAGCCGAUGGCAGUCAAGUCAAUUGUGGUUCGGUGCGGAUCGAAUGCUGUGCACUAAGUUAGACGGCGAGACACUUUGGUAGUGAUUAGAUGAUGAUUAGUUGACGAAAUGAAGAAAGCUGGAUCAAAUUGGCUGAUAUCAAUGUGUAAGCUGUUAUAAGCUGAUCGAAGAUAGUAAAAGUGUUCAACAAUACGUUCCUGUGAUACAUUCAAAUAAUACAUUCAAGUUCAAAUAAAUGUGGAUAACAGUGCAUUUCGUGUUCAAUAAUAUUAGACUAUCAACAAGCUGAUCAUCCUUCAAGGCAAUUGUUCUACUGUUCCUUAUAAACCGUUGAAGAAAUUUCCUGAGUAAAAUGAGCAUCAAAAUAUUUAUUAUCGUCCUGCUCCUGUCCCUGGUCAAGGCAGCGUCCAAGUAUUACGACGGUCCGAUCCGGCCGUACGAGUUUGGGUUCAACAUCGAAGGUCACCAGCACCGCAAGGAAUCGAAAGACAAAAAUGGCAUCGUUAUGGGCGAGUUCGGCUUCAUCACCGCCGACAACGUGUACCACGUGACAGUGUACGCCACGGACGAGAAUGGCAACUUCAAAAUUGUCAGCAUGAAGAACUACAAACUGGGACCGACGGCACCACCGACGACGACGGCCGCUACAACAACAACGACCUCAACGACCCCACAACCGUUCCGAAUAAUCACCACUGCCAGGUCGAUUUCCACGCCGAAACCGUCAGGACUUGCAGCUUGUGGUGGCUGCAAGAUUCCGGAUUUGAGUACUACAACAACAACAACAACGACUGUUCAACCUGCUACGGAAGUAACUCCUCCUGAAACCAGCACGUUGUACGUCCCUCCAUUCAAGAUCGUCAACAAAAACGACAUUGAAAACGUCCCCGCGAAUACCCCAAAACCGGUAACUUCAACUUUCACCACGAACGGCGAUCAACCGUCCAAGAACAACGCUGAAGAUACACCGCAAAAGCUUGUCAAUGGAUCACAAAAAGACUCGAAAGCUCCCAGUUCCAAAGAGUCGACAAACGAACAGAAAGUCCCCGCAGGUAUGCAACCAAGCGGUGGUAGCAAAGCACCAUCCUCCUCCUCCGCCACCAGCUCCACUGGAGCCAACAACAGUGGAGAGUCCCCGCCGCAGUCCUCCUCACCCCCCUCCAAACCAAACACAACUUCAUCGACUACACCGGCCAAGUUCGACCACGUCAACACGGCAAACGCGAUGAUCCAGCACAUCCUCAACGGGCUGCUGUACCGGUUCAACUACACCGUCGGGUACCACGGCCACCACGAGCAGGGUGACCGCAAGGGCAACAAGGACGGCGGGUACUUCUCCGUCGGGCGGGACGGCAUCCGGCGCGAGGUCACGUACAAGGCGAACGAAUUUGGCUACCAGCCGCACAUCAAGUUCGAGAAGGUCAGCCCCGAGGAGACCCCGCGGGAAGAAACGGAAAAGAAGGCCGGCUUGAAGGGCUUCGACUUUAAGUGGUUCUGGGGUGGCGAGUAGGGCGGGGGUUGGAGGUGGUUGAGGACAUCCUAGUGGGUGUGGGUGAAUCGUGUGAUCUUGAUGUGAAGAGGAUGUGUCUAGAGUGUAAGGUGCAAGUAUUAUUUUUUCAGUGCAAAUCGAAAAUACUCAACGUGUUAAGGAAACCCGUGAAGCGUGAAAGUUUCUUUAAAAUGAAAUGUUAGAAAUAUCUCGAUGUGUAAAUAGUCGUAUUUAUAACAGCGUAUUCGACACUACAUCCCAAUAAAAUG